GCCGCCGAAUGACUUGAGUGCUGCAGUCUCCUGGCGCUGGGAGGAGGAGGCACAGCAGAGGCACUGGAGCGUAAACGCAUAGAUUAUUAUGGCAUCGCGGCGAAUGGAGACUAAACCGGUGAUAACGUGUCUCAAAACACUCCUCAUCAUCUACAGCUUCGUUUUCUGGAUCACAGGCGUGGUCCUAUUGGCUGUUGGAGUAUGGGGGAAACUCACCUUAGGCACUUACAUCUCACUUGUUGCUGAGAAUUCCACAAAUGCCCCAUACGUACUCAUUGGGACUGGCACCACCAUUGUCGUUUUUGGCCUGUUUGGUUGCUUUGCAACAUGUCGUGGAAGCCCAUGGAUGCUGAAACUGUAUGCCAUGUUCCUCUCCCUGGUAUUCUUGGCAGAGUUGGUGGCUGGCAUUUCUGGGUUUGUGUUUCGACAUGAGAUCAAGGAUAUCUUUCUCAAGACUUAUACGGAUGCGGUUCAUAAUUACAAUGGAAAAGACGAGCAAAGUAAUGCAGUGGAUGAUGUACAGAAUAGUCUGCGCUGCUGUGGUGUGCAGAACUACACAAAUUGGAGCACCAGUGUCUACUGGCCUGAACAUGGCUUUCCUCGGAGUUGCUGUAUAAACAGCAGUGACUGUAACCCGGUGGAUUUAAGGAACAUGACUGUUGCUGCCACUAAAGUCUACCAACAGGGCUGCUAUGAAUUGGUGACCAGCUUCAUGGAGACAAACAUGGGAAUUAUUGCUGGGGUUGCAUUUGGAAUUGCCUUCUUACAGUUAAUUGGAAUGUUGUUGGCCUGUUGUUUGUCCCGAUUCAUCACUGCAAACCAGUAUGAAAUGGUGUAAUAGAUGGAAGAAGAAGGGACAUGAUCUAAUUGGACACUUUCUAAUAUAGGAUUUGUAGAAGACCAGGCCAACAUCCUAGGAUUCCAAACACACUACCCUUUCUGUUAUUGGUAGUGCCCCAUUUCUUGUCAUACUGUUGUGCAAUAAAGGGGUAGCUUCUUUUCAUAUUGAACAUCAAGGCUUUUAAGAUGCUGAUGACUGCAGUAGUUUCUCUACUUGGUCAAUUUAAUGGGUAUCAUAUUUCAUUACAACAGAUACCAUAACUGCAUUGAUGUGGCUCUGCAUGUAGUGACGUAUGAGGUUUAAUUGGGGGGGUGGGGGUAGAGGCUGUUUAGCAGUGUCACUGGAAUUUCUUACAUCUUUUAUUUAUAGUGAAUAAGUAUUGAUGACUAUUUAAUAUAGAUAUUCUAGUUUUUGAUUUGUUUCAUACACUACUAUUGUUCUGCCAUAUCGGCUUAGAAUUGAAAUAAGUGGAUUACUGAGGGAAAAAUAAAAGUACAAUAGUAAUGUAGUGCUUGAAGGGAAAAGGAAUAGUGCUUUCCCUGAACCUAAACUACAGUUCAAGUUUUUUAAUUAUAGUGUCAUUAAACAUUGCUGCUUAUGCCACUAAAUGUAGCAUCACUGUCCUGUGUAAAAUGUAGUUAUAAUUGUACUAUUUGUUUUGUGAAUUUGGUAAAUAAUAUUGCUUCAGUUUUGAGUAUUUGUAUGUUAACAUUUACAUUGUAAUGUAUGUAGAAGGCUGUUACUCGGCCAUUAAAUUUCCUGUUUUCUUCAUUCAUGCGCCACAGAAUAGUUAAUUUAACAAGAUGGGUCUGUGUUAAGCAAGUCUAAAGAACAUUUCAGAAAUAAAUUGUAGUUGAAUUUAAUGCAUUUUAGAACAGUCACCAGUUAGCAUGCCAACAAGACUGCAACAUUGUGAGCUUAUGUGAAUUCUGUAUUAAUAAAUACUGUUAAUUA